GCGAACCGCAGUGUAUAAGGCGAGACUUAUUGAAAAAAUGAUGGCUGGGAGCGAAAGGGACCUUCCGGGAGAGGAGCUACGAGAAGAGCGCAGGACUAGCCAGGGCGAAAUCAGGCACGGAGGGAAGGAUAGUAGCCAUAGGGCGACGCCUAGCAAGAAAGGGAAGGAGAAGAGGGACUCCCCAGUUGUAAAAGCGGAAAAAGCUACAAACCCACCUGCCAUAAACAGUGGUGCUAGCCGCUUGCCUGUCGCGCCAAAAAUAAUGAAGGGGUGUGACGGACUUUGGGGUCUGAGAGAAAGGGUAUUAGGGUGGUUUGAUCCAGAGGGAACAGCAACAACUGGAGAAAAGCGGAAGGAGAGCAAGGAAGGAGAGGGGACUAGUUCGGUUGGCGAAACGGGUAGUUCCGAGGGCGGACUCAAGAAAAUAGUAUCCACCCUCACCCGGGCAUUGAACAAAAAGCAGGGCUACCUCGCGGAUGCCAAGAAGAAGCUCACCUUUGAUGGGGCGAACAUCACCAAAUUCCUGAUAGACUACGAGAACCUAGCAGCCUUGUUGAAAUGGAGAGAGGAAGAAAAGAUGGACCACUUAGGGCAGCAUGUGUCACUAAGCUUAGGAAGAGACAUUAUGGCCAUCGUCGCCGCCAGCGGAUCCUGGAAAGAGACCCGAAAUGAAAUGAUGAGGAAGUAUCUAAAGGUGGAGAAAAUGGCAACAAAAGCUGAAUUGGCAGCCGUACAAAGGAAGAACUAUGCGACUUACAACGACUUCCUGAGAGCGUUUACCCUAGUAGCGUUACGAAUUCCCGGGGUAAUGGACCGGAUCAUGAGCAAGUAUUUCCUUAGACAGUUCUUCGAGUUCAACAAGGAUAAGAUUCUGUCGGCCUAUCAACAAACCAGCAAGUUUGAGUACACGAGGGACGUAGACUUCAGUACGAUAAUAGACUUCGCGGAGAAGACGGUGGUAACCGAGACGUUAGCUUUGCUUAAGGAGGGAGAGGUCAUAGACUUGACAGGAAAGACGGGAGACAAGGUGAAGAAGGGAAUAGAAAGUCUGCACGAACGGGUGCACGGAGUCGAUAAUAAGAUAGAAAGAGUGGAAAAUGCACUAUUGGUAAUCAGGCGCAAGUCUCCCGCCCCGCCCUCCCGCCCUGCCCUCCCGCCCCAAGAGGCCGUAGUUCCGGCAGCAGUAGCCAACCGAGGAUACGGCAGGAAAGAUCCGGCCAAUGAGCAGUGCCGAUAUUGCACGAUGAUCGGGGCGGAAAAGAAACUUAUUCGGGAUACGGUAAUGGAGGAGGUUGCGGGAACCAGCGCAAAUCAAGGUGAGCCCGAGACCGGGGAGCCCGAGAAAGUCUACGGAAAAGCAAGGGAAGACGAACCGAUAGACAAAGCCACGGUGGUAAAGAAGAAGUUCAGGUACCAAAUCCCGAUCUUGACCGUGCGAGAAAUCGACAAUACCCUGAGCAAAUUGCUAAGUACCAUGGUAUCUAUAUCCUUUCAUACCAUGUUGCAAGCAAGCCCGAGAUUGCUUAAAGGACUCAGGCAAUUGCUAACGCGCCGACGCGUAGAGGUAAAAGAGGCUCCGGAACCACAAGAACAGGAAGCGGAGGAGGUAGAGGCACCGCAAGGGGUCGCCAACCUCCAGAAGAUUCCAGGAGAUCUGGAGGACCUGGAAAAAGCCUUUGCGGACAUCCGCUUAAGCCUACCUGACCGAGAAGGCGGCGAGGUCAUGAGGGCACCUCCCGGGACGAAACUCAGCUUCCAUGCACUGCCCGUAGGAAAGGUGAAGGUCCAGAUCGGGACUCAUCACACAAAAGCAUUAGUGGACGGAGGUGCGAAAAUCACCCUCAUACGACGAGACUUCGCAACAAUUACGGGUUGUAUGGUAAACAAGGACGUGACAGGGAGUAUCCGGGGAGCCGGUGGGGAAAUUCCCUUUGCAGGGUAUGUCACGAAAUGCGCAGUUAAGGCAGGAAUUAGGGAGUCGAUCUGGUCAUUUCAGCGGAUGACCGUGAUGGAAGAAAUAGACCAUGACAUAAUCCUCGGGAGACCAUGAACGAUCCCAGAAGGAAGUGUUCGGAAGUACAAGCCAGUAGGGAAGAAAGCCAAGCUGGUCUCGAUCCUAGUAGAGACAUCAAAGGAGGAGGCCAUGGAGAAAGAGGAAGAAAUCUUGCGGGUAAUUAGGGAGAGACGAGCGGCAGAAGGGCAUCGGAUACCCGAUGAGGUAGCAGACACCAUGAAAAUAGGGAUAGAUGGGUUCCUAACGGUGGAAGAGACCCAGCUGAUAAGGAAAGCGUGCCAGGAGUUUCACUUAGCAUUUGCUUUCAAUGACCAUCAGAAAGGUCGAUUGGAUGCAAAGUUAAUUUCCCCUGUUAGGAUCCACACAGUGGAACAUGAGUGUUGGAACGACAAAGGGUCUGCCUACGAGUUCGGAAUAGUUGCAGAGGCCACCGAACUGCUUAGAGCCAAGAUAGAUUCGUUCGUGGCCGAACCCACCGCAUCCCCCUACGCGAACAAGUGGUUUGUUUUUCGGAAGCCCAACAAGACGCUCAGGUGGAUCCAGGAUUUGCAGAAGCUGAAUGCGGUAACAAUCCGAGAUGCGGGAUCGCUUCCACAUGCCGAUCUGUUGGAGGAAUCUCACGCUGGCCGGAGCAUUUACUGCUUGAUAAAUUUGUAUUCAGGAUAUGACCAACUGCCGCUCGAUGCUAGGGAUAGGCCAUACACCGCCAUGCACACCCCUGUAGGGCAGCUGCAGAUGCAAGUGACCACUAUGGGUUUUACAAACGCUGUGGCAGAAGCACAGAGGAGGAUGCUUGCGGUAGUUGGGGACAUGUUCCCGGAAAAAUGUGAGCCGUAUAUAGAUGACAAUCCCAUAAAAGGCGCGCAGAAUAAAGACGAGAUGGAGGUCCAGCCGGGGGUUCGAAAGUUCAUCUGGGAUCACCUACAGGAUAUCAAGGACCUACUCCAAUGGUUUCUGGUAUAUAACAUCACCGCAAGCGGACCAAAGAGCAUCCUGGCAGUCCCAGAAGUGACCAUACUGGGGUUUCGCUGUUUUGCCAAAAUAGCCGAGCCCAUCUGUGCGAUGAUUAGAGAUGGAGGAACUAUGGAAUGGAUCGAGGAUAGGGAAACUGCGGUUCAGACCCUCAAAGACGUCUUGACGUCUGACCAAGUCACGUUGGCAGCGCCCUGCUGCAACGACGAAGUAGGACGACCCUUUAUUCUGGAAACCGAUGGGGGACCAUCGGCAGUAGGAAGUGUUAUGAUACAAAGGAGCGAGGAGGGCAGAAAGAGGCCGAUUAGGUUCGAAAGCAGAACCCUGAAUUCCGCAGAACGGCGAUACUCCCAAUUCAAAAAGGAGGUUCUAGCCAUCCUACAUUGUCUCAAGACCUUUCAAGCAUACCUAUUCGGAAGGCGGUUUAUACUGAGGAUCGACCCGACCAACGUCGUAGGGGCACUAAAUAACUAUAAGCCUAUAGACCUGACCGUUGGGAGAUGGAUAGGCUUUAUCUGGCAGUUCGAUUAUAAGGUCGAGCGAAUUGCAGGACUCCGAAACAGGGCGGACGGGCUAAGUCGGGUCAGCAUCACACCGGAAGGAAUAGAGGAUGUGAAACCAAUUGACGCCUUAUUGGAAUAUGAGGGAGAAACCCUCGCCGUGGAUAAUGAGAUGACGAGUCCCGCCUGCACGUCAGCGCAACUGCUGAUCCAAACAUUGGAAAGAGGGACGCCUGUCGUAGUUGCGGAACUCAGGGAAGGACCAGUCACCACGAUUAGACGCAAAGAUGAUAAAGAUUCAUGGGGAGCAACAAUGGGGCCGAAAGAGGAGUUGAUGACAAUGGUCGUUGAAGGAGGUCGGGACGUCGUAUUGAUGGAGGUUGUCCAAUUCUUCAGUCAUGAAGGGUCAUCCUGGAUCAGCUUGCAAGACCCGGAAACUGCACAAGAGCAGACUUUCGUGGUCUGCCCGACUUACCAUCACAAGCACAAGAUAUCAGCCACCUCAAUUAGAAGAGAAGAGUCCGCCGAGAAGGCAAGAAAGAUCAAGGGAAAAGAUAAACAGGAACCUAAGGAGGAGGUCUCAGUUGAGAUCAACCAGAUUUCAAAGAUGGUAAAGACCCUUGGAAAACUCAAAGAUGAGGAUGGGCAGAUUGAUGCCUUUAAGAAGGUUGUUGAGGCUGCCAAAGUUGGCGGUGGAGAAGAUGGAGGAGACGGAGAUGGAGAUGGAGGAGAUGGAGACAAGAAGAAGAAGGGAGUGCAACAAGAAGAGACAGGAGAAGUAAGAAAGCUUAAAGAGAGUUGGAGUAGCCCAUGGAAGAGAGAAGAUGAAGUAAGAGAAAAUGGAGGAGAAGGGGAGAGAGAUGAUGGAGAUGGAGAUGGAGAAGAAGAGGAGGAAGGCAAAGAGAAUGGAAGUGAAGAGGAGGAAGGAGGAGAUGAAGAGGGGAGAGGAGAGAAGGAAGAAGGAGGGAGUGAGGAGGAGGAAGAGGAAGAAGAAGGAGGAGAGGAAGAAGAAGAAAAAGAGGAAGAAAAGAAGAAGAAGAAGAAGAAGAAGAAGAAGAGGAAGAAGAUGAAGGUGAAGAAGCCUCUUCCUUCCUCUCACCUUGUUGAUUCCUUGAUGUUGGUGUCCUCUUGAUGAAGCUUCCUUUCCUUGCACAAUCCCCUCUUGGCUAUGGUUUCCUUCUUCUCCAAGCCCUUCUCUCCUCCUUCCUUGCUCUCCCUCAGGCUAUGGCAAGCUCCCCCAGUUAUGGUUAUGGAGUCCUCCCUUCUAGGAGGGCUAAUGGGGCUCCUUUAGCUUCUCCUCUCCUACACCCAGGAGGGAUACGGCGGAUCACAUCCCAAGUG